AUGUCUCUGACCAUUUCUGAAUCUCUGUUCAGAUCACUGCUGCUCGUGCUGCUGGCCCUGCUCUCAGCCAGCAGCCCUGCCUGCGGGAAGGCGGUACGGCCUCGGCUCAAGACGGAGAGCCUCUUCAAGCAAGCAGAUGCUGGUUGCCUGACCCCGAAAGAUUCCCAAUUCCCUCAAACUGUGAAAGUCAACGUAAGCAUCAGAAAUAUAAACCAGGACUCCAAACUGUUUCAUGAUGUCAGCAGCCGGUCACUGGCUCCAUGGGAUUACAGAAUCGAUGAGGACCCCAAUCGCUUCCCCCAGGUGAUUGCUGAUGCCCAGUGCCGCCACUCCAGCUGUGUGGACUUGGCCGGGCAACUUGACUACAGCGUCAACUCUGUUCCCAUCCGUCAGGAGAUCCUUGUUCUCCGGCGGGAGCAGAGGGGCUGCCAACACUCAUAUCGGCUGGAGAAGAAAAUGAUCACUGUGGGCUGCACAUGUGUCAACCCGAUCAUCCAACACCAAGCUUAA